GAAAAAAAUUAAUAAAGAACGGCUAACAUUGGCACUUUGUGCCAAUGCUGAUGGGACAGAUAAAAUGAUACCAUUUGUUAUUGCAUGGAUAACAGUUUUGUUGUUCCAAAAAUGGCUUAAGAAAUUUGAUUUAAAAAUGGCUAGUCGCAACGUAAUUCUCCUAAUGAAUAAUGCAAAAGUUCACUUUGUUGGAAUUCUUCUAUUAGUUCAAGAUAAUAAUGAAGAACCUACCACUUAUAAUAAUGAUAAUGAUAUAAUGGAAGAGUUGUAUAAUAAUAUCGAAUUGCUAAAUUUACAAAAUGUAAUGGAUCUUGAAGACUAUAUAGAUUAUUCAGAAGAAAGAAUCGAACCUCAACAGGUUGAAAGUGAUAAGGAAGAUAAUAGUGUAGAAACGCUCCAAAUUACUCAUAAAGAAGCAUUAGAUGCUAUUUAUCGAUUGGAGUUAUAUUUUAUACAACAAGACCUUAAUUAUGUGGUUCAAACAGAAAACGAUAUAGCCCUGUCAAAAUUAUAUGAGUUAGCAAGAAAGAUCCGAAAUGCUUCAUUUAAACAACUAAAUAUAGAAACCUUCUUUGAACUAGUUG